AGGAUAGGUGAUAGAUAUUUCAGUAAGCUUACAUCAGGCUACAUUUAUCGUUAUGUUCGGGCAUGUUGCGUGAGACAAAUUGAUUCAAUCCGACACAUCUCACUUCCAAGUUAAAAUGCUAUGGUAACCGAAGAGGCCCGUCCCACACGUGAGCAAACUCAGCUGAUGCAACGCGAUUACUAUUUAAGCAGCGAGAGCAGCUCACGCAGUCAACACUUCUUCAUGGAGAGAAUACAGGCGAAACGUGAGAGAUUGAGUGAGGCAGUGGAGAUAUAUAAAGACUCAAAAUGGUCUAUACCCCGGCGUUAGUCUUCGGACACGGAAUGCCUGUAAUAUCGGAAGAAGAUAGCGUCGUUGAGCUGAUGAGAAAGUUUAUUUAUCAAAUUACUUCUAGCGACAAAGGUGAACGCCAAGGAAGUCUGGAGAGCAGAGAGGAUUGCGUCAAGGAAAGAAACUCUUCAAAUAUAUGGUUUGAGCCGUCGGUGGAAUAUGAGGAAGCCUUGCUCCAGCGGAAUGUGAGCCGGGAGAUAGAGCGUUGUCUCUCCAAUGCCAAAGCCUCGAGUCUCCGCUGUCAGGUGUUGCUCCUUCCUCGCCCGCUGACCGCAAAAGUCGCCCGGGAUGUAGUGCGCUCCUCGGCGGACGAGCCUUGUGGGUUGCGUGGGGCGUCUAUCAGUAUCUACUUGGAGAGUAAAGAUGCCUUGUUGUCACUGGGAACCAUUUCACCAGAUCCGGGCGUCACUCCUACCUUUGAGCUGUCUGUCGUCUUCAAACUUGACAACGACGGUUGGCCACCACUCAAGCACAUAUUCGUUCAUGACAAAGUGUUGAAACUGCGCCCCGAAUACCGGCUAGUGAAGAAGAAACUCUACUCUUCCGCCAGUCCAGUUAUUCACGACUUUUACUGAUAAGAGAUGUUGCAUCUUAGUCGAUAUCAGGCAACCAUAAUGUACAUUCCCUAGGAUUUUGAAACGGAAAUUCUGUUGCACUAUAUCUGUUGUUGUUGACCGAAAUGCACAGCACUGAAGCACACCUAAUCUUGCUUAUCUGUAAAUUAAUGUAGACAGAAAUAAUGAAACCAGAAUAAAAGGGUUGAGUGCCUUUGAGGUACUACUAAAGUUAUGAAUGC